UGCCUGACUGGAAUUGUUUUUAAAUUUAAAAAAACAACAACGCAUAAAACAACAUAUUAUUAAUACCUAGUUUAUGUGGACACAUGCGAUUAUUUCCGUGGCUACAUAUACAUUAUUUCAACAUGUUUGAGUAGGAGUAGUUGGAGCCACGCGAAUGAAGGUUAAAAUAAGCCACAGCAGCUAAGCGGAAGUUGUGGAACUCGAGUUCAGAGAGCACGAGUAGAGAUGAGCGUUCCUCUUGGCUCCAUGCGCAUCCGCAGUUUGUUAUCCUUCAUACAAUCGGUGAACCAGCAGAGGGGCUUGUGCAACGUGCCCAUGCGUCUGGUGCAGUUCCAUCGCUACGGUGAUGGAGGUGUCAGAGUGGGAGUUGAGCAGGGUGAAGGCCUCGGCGUGGUGGACCUGAAGGCGUUUGAGCCCUCCAUGCCUACCACGAUGAAAGGGCUUCUGGAGCUGGGAGAUGAGGGUCUGGAGUGCGCACAGAGGGCAUUGUCAUCUGGCCAGUGCAUGCUCAAGCGCUCAGACGUGAGGCUGUUGUCUCCCAUUUUAGCUCCGGAGAAGGUGGUCUGUGUGGGUCUGAACUAUCGUGACCACUGCCUGGAACAGAAAGCACCGAUCCCUAAAGAGCCCAUCAUCUUCAGCAAGUUCUCCAACGCCAUCACAGGGCCGUACGAUGACAUCAUUCUGCCUUCCGAGAGCCAGGAGGUGGACUGGGAAGCGGAGCUGGCUUUUGUGAUUGGACGCAGAGGAAAGCACAUCAAGGAGGAAGAAGCCCUCUCUUAUGUGGCAGGCUUCACAGUGGCCAAUGACGUCAGCGCGCGUGACUGGCAGAUGAAACGCAACGGAAAGCAGUGGCUGCUGGGAAAGACGUUUGAAAGCUUUUGUCCCCUCGGCCCCGCAUUAGUGACCACGGAUGCUGUGAGAGAUCCGCACAACUUGGGAAUUCGCUGCCUUGUCAAUGGAGACACAGUCCAGAGCAGCAAUACCGAUCAGAUGAUCUUCAAGACCGAGGCGCUGAUCUCCUGGGUUUCAAAAUUUGUGACAUUAACUCCUGGAGACGUGUUCCUGACAGGGACACCUCCUGGCGUGGGGUUGUUCAGAAAGCCGCCAGUCUUCCUCAAGAAAGGAGAUGUGGUGGAGUGUCAAAUAGACCAGCUGGGCUCUAUCAUCAACAAAGUGGUUUGAACUGGGAGACAUUCUGGCAAAAUCAUCAUCAUCAGCUGCACCUUCAUCAAAAAAGCAAAACAAACAAACAAACAAAAAAAGCUUGUUUCUUACAAGGUGGAAGUAACUUACCUAAAAUAUGGUUUCGUAUGAAAUGUACAUAUGCUGAAAUUCUGUAAUAAGUAUGCACAUUUAAAAAAUAUAAUUUAGUUAAAAAUGUGUGCAUUUCAUUGAAGAAAUUAACAUUAUAGUAAUGAAACAUGUUGUAAAAUUUGUGUUUGAAGAUGAUGUAACAGUUUGUUUGCAGACUAGGAUAGAUAAUUCUCUCGACCGUAUUGGUUGUGCAUUUACACGCUAGAAUAGUCUGUGAAUGCACAACCAAUGACAAUAAAAUACAUGCUAAAUUUCAAUUUAUGGCAAAUGCAACCACUUUUUUUUUUCUUAAUUUAAAAAGAAAACGUGAUUUAGUCACAAUACGCAAUGGAUACAAAAUUCCAGUACACUUAUGUCUUGUUAUUAAAUAGAGUAAGUGCCUGCAGAAAUAAUUCCAUGUUAUGGCCAAAUGCGACUUGGAGUCAAAUUUGUGCUUGAAGACGAUUGUUUGCAGUUAAUGAUAAUUUCUCCAAUGUGGGUACAUUGGUUGUGCAUUAACACUUGAGAAUACUAGUGUUAAUGCACAACCAACAGGAAUACAUGGACUCGUUUAGAUUAAGUAGUACAUGCAAGUUAACACUGGAGGGCAGUAGAGUUUCAUGCUGGAUUAUUUACAUCUUUUGAAUUGACAAACGAAUUGAUGUUGCCAGGGGCAGAUUGCAUUUAGUUUUUUUUUGUUUUUUUGCUCAGACUCGAGGUAUAAUUCGUGAAAUGGGCACCCACUUUGAAGAACGGCAGGAGAAAACAGGCUACUGAAUUUAUAAAUACGAUGAAAAAACUCAGAUCAGUUUAAUAACAAUGAAAUUAACAGAAAUGGGCCUCAUUAGCACGGGCAUCCAUUAACGUGCAAUAAUAAACUUGGUAACAGUAGGUGAAACCAAGAGCAGAAAUGUGAUUAGGCUACAAACAAAAGCGCCCUCGUUACAAUGUAAACAUGGGGGAAAGGACUCUGCAUCAUCACGCUACGGCGGCGCCACACAGCUGAUUACAGCAACCUCAUAAUCCCGUCUCCUGCAGCUUUAUGCUAAUGAUAUUACAGAGGAAAAACUUUAAAUCAAUGUCUCAUAACUGAAAAAUCUCAAUGCAAUUAACCCCAAAGGCGUCUGCAACUCAGCAUGCAGCCUCUCGAUCACGAAACAGUAUUUUUACUCCAAGCAGUUUGGGCUGCAUCCAAAGACGGAGUAGCAUUAAACGCUGCUAUUUAUCACAUUAAUUGUAGAGGUACUGAGAGAUGAAGCAAUGCAGUUUCUGCCUGUUUUCUGCCAACUGGAACAAAGGUGUGACGCCCAGGAAGACUCCUCCUUCACACCGCUCCUCCAUGAGGACCUAAUGCGAGAACAAAAAUGGUGGGCACACUUGUAAAUACUUUUAACGAUAAUCGCGCUACUCGUCACUUUAAACUGCAUACACUCCUUGAAGUCUCUGCGCCCUUUGCACAAUGGUCAUUGCAUCGGACUAUUGCAAUAUUAGUCAUUCGAACUGCUAGAGGAGUCUGCAUCUUUUGCACAAUUGUCAAAAAAGAAAAACAAAUGUACCGGCAUUACCAGAUAACUAUUAACCCUUUAUUGCUCAGUGACUGUUUUUUGUCAAUGUCUUUAUGUCUCAAAGUGUUCUCUGUCAAUUGACUGUCUGUUGUCGUACUAGAGCAGCUCCAACUACCAGAGACAAAUUCCUUGUGUGUUUUUUGGACAUACUUGGUAAAUAAAGAUGAUUCUGAUUCUGA